CCAAUCGGAAUCGAGCACUGAGGAAGGCAAAAUGGCCGACGAAGAUUUGCAGAUGGAUGAUUUGGAAGUGGUUGAUACAACAUCUCCAGAAGCCCCUGAUGUUGAGGUGGAGAAUGCAGCAGAUGAAGACUCAUUACUAGACCUAAUGUAUGGGGAUAUGGAAGUGGUGGAUCAGGUGACUGCUGAUCCUAUGCAGGAGGAAGAUACUCAGGAAAACGAAUAUUUCCAAGAUGAACUUGAAGAGUUUAUUGAAAUAAAUGAAGAUAUGGUGGAGGUUGAUGAUAUUCAUUCCAAGCAUGAACCUGGGUUAGAAGCACAUGUUGACACAGCUCCGUGUAAUGUUGAUGGUGGUGAUGGCAAUGAUGAAGAAGCAAAAGACAAAGAAGCAGGCAACACUGGGAAUGAUGUGUCCAGUCCUACUGAAGUAACUGUUAGUGAGGUGAAAGAGGCAGAAAAACCUGUGGAGGAAGCAGCACUUCAGCAGGUUGAUAAGACUGACAGCACAGCUGAAGUAAAUACAGCUGAAACAUCAGAAGAUAUUGCAGAAGAAAGUGAUGUUCUGCAGGUAGAAGAUCCUCAGAAUGAUUUAGAUGCAGAUCUUCUGAACUCCCAGAAGGAGCAGGAGUCCAUGAGUGUAUCAGCUAAUCAAGAAGGAGAGAAGGGUUUAGAUAACAGUGAGAUGGAGGCAACUGAUGGAGAUAAGAAACUGUCACCAGAGCAAGAAAGUGAUGCUGUGAAAUCUACCACAUCACAAGAGAAUGAUACUGUCACAUCGUCAAACAUAACCGCCAAUUGUAACGAUAAAGAAGCAAAGAAAGAAGACACCAACAAAUCUCAGUCCGAUUCCAAGAGGUCGGUUCGUUCUAAGCAAUCAGAAAGCAAGACUACUGGAAAAGUUGAGAGCACCAGUCGCAAUCUGUGGGUUAGUGGUCUGCCACCCACCACAAAAGCAGCUGACCUCAAGACAUUAUUCAGUAAAUAUGGAAAGGUGAUGGUAACCAAAGUUCUGGCUAGUUCAAAAGUCUGUGGUGCCAAGUGUUAUGGUUUUGUGACCAUGUCAACAUCAAAGGAAGCUACAGAGAGCGUACAACAUCUUAAUGGUACAAAGAUGCAAGGCAAACAUGUUAUACAAGUGACCAAGAAAGAACCUAAAAAAAACAAUACAAAGAAGCCUGAAGAGAACAACACUGCAGAUAAAAAGUCUGAAAGUGGAGAUAAGAAAGACCAAGAUAAAAACAAGAGAAAGAUUACUGAACGAAGAUCCUACAGACCUAGAUCAACCCAUGACAGCACACGAAGAGAUUCAGGUGACAGGAACAGGUUACAUGGUAACACACAAAGAGACACCAGGAUUGGCAAUAGAGUGUCAUCCAGUGGAAGGUCAAACACCUCGCACCAUACUCGCUCCAGCUACUCCUCAAGGUACAGAUCCUCUCGUACUCAAUCUUCCUCAAGGGACCAUAGACCCUCCAGCUCUCGUGAUAAGUCACGUAAAUCACCAGCAAAGAAGGACAGUGACAAGAAAGCUUUCAGUGCUAAACCUGAGAAGAAGGAGAAGCCAGAGGCAUCCAGUACCACUGAGAAGUCAGAAAAAGAAGGUGAACCUGUGGAAGGUACAUCAAAGGAUGGUAUUGAGGAUGAUGGAAAAGAAGCAGAGGAGAAAGCUGAAGUUGAUGCAGAAGGAGAGGGUACUGAGAAGAAAAGUGAAGAUGAAAAAGCCACUUCAGAGCCUAAAAGUUCAGAGAAAAAGACAAUUGUACCAUUUGAUCGAAUGAAGGAAGAAAAGAUUAAAGAAUGGGAAAAACUGAAGAAAAGAAAGUCACUUCAAGAAGAUCUGAAGAGGAAAGAGAUAUAUCAAGAAAAGAAACGCCAAAAAGACAUUCAUAUCAGACAAAGGAUGGAGUCAUUGAAAUUAUCCAGGGAACGGGAAAAACUCAGGCGAGAAAGACAGCGAUUAGAGAGAGAAAGACUUGCUGCUCAGAGACGAGAAUUUUUACGUUUAGAACAGUUGGAGAGAGACAAACAGGACAGGGAAAGGACAGAAAGACUGCGACUAGAACGCCUUAGGUUGGAAGAGGAGAGGGAUAGAAGAGCAUUGAAGCGUAUGUUUGAACGAUCUAUUGAAGAUGACUGGUUAGACAACAAAAGGUCUUUGAUGUCAGAUACUUUUCAGAGAGAUCGCUACAGAGAUAUUGACUCCCGUGACUCCCGACCUUCACGAUAUGAUGAUUCACGACUUGAUAGGGAUGCCUAUGACAACAGACGGGCAGAGAGAUUCAACAGAAAGACUUAAGCAGGGCAGACAUCCGGGACAGGGAGGCUUCUCGCUCAUCUCUCAGAGAUGAUAGAAAUGAGGAUAGGUUUGAUAGAUUUAAUGAUCGAAAUAGGGAUGCUGUACGAGCGAGAGAUGGUGAUGCAACACGAUACAGGGAUGGAGAGAGAGGCAGAGACAUGGACAGACGACCACAGAGAAAUACUUUUGACAGUAGAGGUGACAGGAAAAUGGAUAGAGGUGUAGUACCAGCUGCUCGCAAUGUCGCCCACCAAUCUAGUCACUGGGGAAGUGGAGCACAGUCAGCUUCAGGACUCUCCUCCUCCAACAUGGGAGCAAGUGCAUAUGUCUCCAAUAUGCAGCAGCCGGGUAUGAUGAUGGGUAGCCAGCGAAUACUAACAGGGCAGCAUGGAACUCUCCCAAUGAAUACUCAUAUAGGGAUGAAUCAUAAUAUGAGACGAUACUAAGUCAGACCCCAGUAACGUUCAGUGUUUGUGUUGUGUACUUAUCAUCCUAUGUCUCACUUUUAAUACUGAACUUGUCAGCAAAAAAUUAAUUAAGAUAUUUGGAUAUCAAAUCUUUUUUUUUUUUUUUUUUUUUAAUAUCAAAAAUGUGUUAAAACUGAAUUGACAGGCAUUAAUUAGAACUUGUUAGGUCUUUCAACUCUGUAUCGUUCUUAUUGUAUUACAUCCAGCAUUAUGGUAUAGGAGGGAUUCCUGAUGGUCCUAGACCAAAAUUGCCUUAAUGUUUACACAUCAACAAACAUAAUACCUUUGCAACGCUUCUCUUCACUUUGUUUAACCACAGUUGUUUUGUACUUGCCUAUAUUAGAUGCUAUCUGAAGAUCAGAAAAAUUUCUGAAGUCAAAGAGCUGAAUUUAUUUUUUUUUAAUUAUUAUUAAUACUACAUAUUCAGAAAAAUAACUAAAACUUUAAAGAUUAGCUUUAGAAUGGUCAGUACAGAGCACAUUUUUGAAAAUUGUGUAUAUUGUGCAUAAUGUGUGUUAGUGUAUAUGACGGUUUUAUUCAUAAUCAUUUGUUUGGACCGUGACUUAUGAAAGAAUUGGUAAAUUGUAAAUAGCAUCAAAUGAAUCAAAAAUUCAUACUUGUAUGUGAUACAGAGAUAAAUUUUGAGUGUGAAAUGGGAGAGAAAGGAAAUUUGUAUAAGAUGGUGUAGUAAGGAUGUGAGUACAUAUGUAACAUGUAUAUUUCCCCACAGUUAAAGAUGUGAAUAAGGUUGUUAUUAAAUGAAUAAUUUUAUAUUACUGAAAAAGCAAAAAAGAUGCUAUUUUGUUAUAGCAUAUAAUGUUGAUCAUGAAAAAUCGAUUUGUAUGUUACACAUUAAUUUGAAGUCGUUCAUAUGAUGCUAGAUGAAUAGAUCUCAUAUUUAUUAUUUGAAUGAACUUUUAACAUCUGAAUUAUAUAUCAUGUCACCAAUUAUAAAGUAAAUUUUAAAACUAUAUUUUAACUGAGAUGGUGUAAACAGACAUACUGAUUUUGGUGUAUUUAUUACAAGUACAGUGUAUAUGUGGUGCUGCUUCAAUACUGAAAGACAUUGUGUUCAUAUUAGAUGUUUAAUGUUGCAUAUAGCGGUAUUUAAAUGUGAUGUAGUAGUUUAUGUCUACAUGUCAGGAUUGACAUAAACUGAACUACAAUUUUUUUAUGGCUACAGUGCACGUUUUGUGUGGAAUCUCAAAGGUAAUUCAUCUCUUGUCCAUAUACAAAAAAAAAAUGUAUUAAUUUAGCACUUUUGAACAGUGUAAAGUGACUGCUCAUUAUUCACAGGAGAUUUUAUUGUUGAUACUGUCAAAGUAAAUAAUGUUUGGAAAAGAUUUGUGAUAACAAUGUCUCUUCUUUAAUUAUGUGUGUGAUUGUAAUGGUAACAUUUUAAAAAUACUUUGAGUGAUGUAAUAGUGUAAAAAUAAGAGAUAUGUUACUGCAGAUUACCGUAUCAUACCGUCACUAUUUUACUGUUGUUAUGGAAGUUUUUUUAAACAUUGGUUGCAAUCCAAGUCAUGUAUCCUCAGUGCUCUUUUAUAUUAAAAGGUAGAUGUAUCCUCUUGUUCUUUUGAAAUGUGAACAUCCGAUAUCAUGAUAGUUCUGCUGGUUUCGUAGAAUUACUGUAACAACAUUUAAAUCUUGUGGAUGUGACAAAAUGUGUCAGAGGACAUGUGUUCCUGAUAACUGACCUCGAGACAACCUUAAAACAUAAUGUAUAUGGUACAUAUAAUAUGUGAAAUGAUGUGAAUUCAUUCUACUGUACAUAAUGAAUAAAACAUAACUUAUAAAUCACAA